AUGUGGCAAGACUCUGAAGAAGGGUCUGAUCUGCAGGUAUGUACCCCAAAGGGCUCCACGUGCUGCUCCAGGAAGAUGGAGGAGAAGUACCAGGCAACAGCCCGUCUGAGCAUGGAGCAGCUCCUGCAGUCUGCCAGCAUGGAGCUGAAGUUCCUGGUCAUCCAGAACGCUGCUGUCUUCCAAGAAGCCUUCGAGAUCGUGGUCCGGCACGCGAGGAACUUCACCAACAGCAUGUUCAGGACCCACUACAAAAGCAUGGGGCCCAGAGCUCUGAAGUUUGUUGGAGAACUUUUUACCGACGUCUCGCUGUACAUACUGGGCUCUGACAUCAGCGUUAACGACAUGAUAAAUGAGUUCUUUGACAGUUUGUUCCCUUUGGUUUACUCGCACCUGAUGAACCCCGGCUUCCCCGAGCCCUCCCUGGAAAUGACCGAGUGUCUGCGGGCAGCCAGGAGAGACCUCAAAGCCUUUGGGAACUACCCCAAGGUGAUGAUGACGCAGGUGUCCAAGUCUCUGCAGGCCACGCGGGUCUUCCUGCAGGCACUCAACCUGGGGAUCGAGGUGAUAAACACCACCGACCACCUGAAGUUCAGCAAGGACUGUGGCCGGGCACUGCUGAAGCUGUGGUACUGCCCCCACUGCCAGGGGCUGCUCCUGGCCAAGCCCUGUGCCACCUCCUGCUCCCUGGUGAUGCAGGGAUGCUUGGCGGGCGCCCUGGAGAUCGACCAGCACUGGCGGGAGUACCUCGGGGGGCUGGAGGGGCUGGCCAAGGGCAUGCGUGGCAUCUAUGACAUGGAGCACGUCCUCCUGAGCCUCUUUUCCCAGGUGCGGGAGGCCGUCGUCCACGUGCAGAAGAACGCAGGGAAGCUCUCCCCAGCCCUCAGCCGGCUGUGCAGCCACGCUCAGCACAGGCAGCACCGCUCCGCUCCCUACCCUGAGGACCUUCUGGUGGGCAAGAACCCCCUGCAGCUGCCUCUCCCUGAGCAGGAGGAGACUUUGUCAAGCAGGAGAAGGGAACUCAUUAUGAAGCUGAAGUCCCACAGCAGUUUUUACAGCAGCUUGCCAGAGUACAUCUGCAACCACAGCUCUGCUGUUCAGAAUGACACUCUUUGCUGGAAUGGACAAGAAGUCGUGGAGAGGUACAGUCCCCAAAUCACAAGGAAUGGAGCAAAAACUCAGCCUGGCAACCAUGAGCUGAAGAUGAAAGGUCCUGAGCCAGUGAUCAACCAGAUUAUUGACAAGCUGAAACACAUCAACCAGCUGCUCAAAGGGAUGGCUUUGCCCCGCCGAAAAGCUCCAGGCAAAGCCCCAGAGGAAGAGGAGGGGAGCGGGGACUGCGACGAUGAAGAUGAUUGUGGCAGAGGCUCUGGGGAUGGGGAGCUGCGCGUCAGGAACCAGCUCCGCUUCUUGGCAGAGCUGGCAUAUGACCUGGACAUGGAUGAUGUCUCUGCAAACAAGCAGCUGAUGAAUCAGCAAAGCAAAGACAGCACCAGGGUCCCCAGCAGUGACCCCAGGAGCACAGCCCCCCACCCCAGCCCUGCUCCUGCCCUCACCCUGCUCCUGCUACUGCUCUCUGGUGGCAGCAGCAAGGUGGCCAGGAACCUGACACCACCACGGACAUCCUGUGACAGCACCAAACUGCAGAUAAAGCCACCACCUCUCCAGGUGCCCAGCAGAGACCUCAACAACUGCUUGCAAUGA